GCGAGCGCGAUUGGUCGUUUGUCUCCACGUGCGAUCGGCUGGCGACCAGUUCAAGGUGACCGGCUCCAGCGGUCCCGCGACCCUCGUGAGGAUAAGGGGCUCAGAAAACGGAUGACGAUUGAGCGCCAAAGACACGGCGGAAAGGGUGUCCAAAAUCAGACUCCGCGGCCCGUCCCGACGCCAAUCCCAGGUCGGAAAGCAUUUUUUUUUUCUUCCCGCCCUAAAUUGCGAGCGCGAUUGGUCGUUUGUCUCCACGUGCGAUCGGCUGGCGACCAGUUCAAGGUGACCGGCUCCAGCGGUCCCGCGACCCUCGUGAGGAUAAGGGGCUCAGAAAACGGAUGACGAUUGAGCGCCAAAGACACGGCGGAAAGGGUGUCCAAAAUCAGACUCCGCGGCCCGUCCCGACGCCAAUCCCAGGUCGGAAAGCAUUUUUUUUUUCUUCCCGCGACGCACUGGAUGUCAAAUCCGCUUUUCCGCGCUCUUAUCGUUGAAAUCCUUUCGAGUUUGCAAUUAGCAUUAUCGCUGCAGCUUUUCCGGCGAGGAAUCCCCGUCCAAAUCCCGUUUAGGAUCCAAUCGGUCACGUCGGGCGGAAGAUAAGACGGCGCGGCCGAGCCACUUUGGGCCAGUGCGGCGGCCAUGGACGGCGACGGCGACGGCAACGGCACGGAGGCGGAGGCGGAGGCGCCCACCGUCUUCCCCCGCGCGGGCUACAGCGUCCUGGCCUUCCUGAUGUUGGUCAACACGGUGCUGACGGUGUUCAACAACGGCACGGUGAUCGCCGUGUCCCUGAGGAACCCCGGCCUGCUGCACCCCAUGAACGUCUUCAUCCUGAGCCUGGCCGUGUCCGACCUGAUGAUCGGCCUGUGCGGCUCGCUGGUGGUCACCGUCACCAACUACCACGGCUCCUUCUUCUUGGGACGCGCCGCCUGCGUCUUCCAGGGCUUCGCCGUCAACUACUUCGGCCUGGUGUCGCUGUGCACGUUGACCCUGCUGGCGUACGAGCGCUACAACGUGGUGUGCGAGCCCCGCGCCGCCCACGCGCUGAGCAUGCGGCGCAGCGUCACGGGGCUCCUGGCCGUCUGGCUCUUCUGCCUGUUCUGGGCCGUGGCGCCGCUGUUGGGGUGGAGCGGGUACCGGCCCGAGGGCGUGCAGACGUCCUGCUCGCUGGCCUGGGAGGAGCGAUCGUGGAGCAACUACACCUAUCUCGUCUUCUACACGCUCGUGUGCUUCGUCUUCCCGGUGGCCGUCAUCGUCUACUGCUACUGCAAAGUUCUGGCGUCCAUGCGGAAGUUGAACAAGAGCGUGGAGCAGCAGGUGGGGCGUUCCCUGCAGAAGGAGACGGACCGCGCCGUGGCGAUGGUCCUGGCCAUGACGGCGGCCUUCUUCGCCUGCUGGCUGCCGUACACGGCGCUGUCCGCGGCGGUGGUGCUGGACCCGGACCUGCGCAUCCCGCCCCUGCUGGCCACCAUGCCCAUGUACUUCGCCAAGACCAGCCCCGUGUACAACCCCAUCAUCUACUUCCUGUCCAACAAGCAGUUUCGAGACGCCACCCUGGAGAUGCUGUCCUGCGGCCGCUACGUCCCCCGCGGGACGGCCGCCGUCGUCAGCGUCGGCAUGCGACCCCUGGGCGGGAGGGGCAAGGGCGGCGCCUGCGGCAGGAUCAACAGGCACGGGAAGGUGCUGCCUCUGUGAUGGACCCCCGACCGGACCCCUCCCGACACGACACACUCACCCACAGACCGGGGGUCCGCACGGGGGGGGCUUGACAGCCGGCCAGCGGGAGGACGACAAAGGAAGCGAGGGGUCGUCCUCCUGCUCCGCGCUCGAGCGCUCCCAAGACCGGCCGAGUGUCGUUUUCCUCACUUGGUUUGGCCCGUCGUCAUCGGCGCCGUGUGGGCCGCUUCAUUAGGUACACCCGCACCUCGCCCAUCACGACACGGAGGGGGGGGAAAAAAAAAAAAAAAACCCAAAAAAACGCUCUCCAGGUAGGCCGACGCCAUCGUCGCAACACACUGCGACCUUGACUUCCAAGUUACCAAUUCACUUAUAUAUCUAUAUGUAUAUACACAGUAUAAAUACAUACAAAUACAUAUAUAUAUACGAGAGAUAUCCU